UCGAGUUUGCGUCAAUGCAGCAACGAAACUCACGAAUUAAAUAUUUUCUUUUACUCAUUUUUGUGGCUUAAUAAUUUCAUUCUUAUCCACCGACAUUGUUAAUUUUUGUUUCCCGGUGUACCAUACUAGUGAUCGUUUUAGUGUAGAGGUAGUCGGUAAAUGUCUGUAUUGUUGUGAGAGGGUAUUCAUCGCGAUUGUUUGUUAAGAGACAUUCUAGGCAAAUUCAUAAUGAGCUUCCCAUUUACAGGCAGAUCAUUGAAGACUUUUAUACCUAAGAAGAAUAUACCAGAAGGUUCCAAUCAAUUCAAAGUGAUGAAACACGUGUCAGCUACUCUUGAUUCGAGGAAUCUGAGAUUCGCUGUUCGACUACCAAAGGGAGAAGAUAUCAAUGAAUGGGUUGCUUUCAACACUGUUGAUUUUUUCAAUCAAAUAAACAUGUUGUACGGUACAUUAACAGAGUUCUGCACCGAGGAAAGUUGUUCUAUAAUGUCUGCUGGACCCAAAUACGAAUAUCACUGGACAGAUGGCCUGUCUGUAAAGAAACCAACAAAGUGUUCUGCUCCAGAAUACAUCGAUUAUUUGAUGACUUGGGUUCAGGAUCAAUUGGACGAUGAAACAUUGUUCCCUGCAAAAAUCGGUGCCCCAUUUCCCAAGAAGUUCUUAUCGGUUGCUAAGAUAAUACUUAAACGGUUAUUCAGAGUGUAUGCACAUAUUUAUCAUACACAUUUCGAUUCAGUUGUUAGGCUAAGCGAGGAAACACAUAUCAACGCAUCAUUUAAGCAUUUUAUUUACUUUGUUCAGGAAUUUGAACUAAUUGAUGAAAGAGAAUUGGCUCCAUUACAAGACUUUAUUGAUAAAUUGGCUGGCUAUGAAACUAGAAUAAAUUGACUUACACUGCUGGAUGAAAAAUUUAACUUAGCACAAUGAGCUUACAGCUUUAAACUUUCUGAUGUGAUAAUUUAUUUUUUUAUUAAAAAAUAGUUAUUAUACAUAAACACAUAUAUAAAAAUUAAAAAUUAAAAAUUAGGAAGUUAGUCAUUUGACAUUCAUUAUAUGUACAAACAAAUAUAUUUUUAUGUAAUACUAUUAUCAAUGCUAUAACGCUAAUCAUUGAUAUUAAGCACUAUACUCAGUUCAGGUUAAGAUUAAACCGGCUUCGCGCAUGCAGACUAAGCCGCCGAACAGUGCCUGACCCCCCAUGUGAUGGCUAUGCGUUCUGUGAUUGGCCGACAUUCAUCGCAAGUCGUCGUCGAUUGUCGGUGUUGGUGAUGGCCGCCGUGCAUACGC